GGGGAGGGGGGCCUGGGGAUUAUCAGGGCCCAUCUCUCUGCCUGUUCCCCUCCCGCUGUGUGGCUUGUAGCCCCUCUCCCUGGUAACCUGAAGGCUGGCAGGCACUGAAUAGCAAGCCGCUGGCUGCCCCUGACCAUACUAUUCAAACAUCCAACGGGAAGGUGAGAGCUGUGGGUGCAGAGGCAGGGAAACCCUCCCCCUGCAUCUCCCCAGUGCCUCCGCCCCUCCAGAGGGCUCCAAGGAGACAGGCUGGAGUGAGGCCGUGGGAAGGCUCGGGAGCUCUCAACUCCUCUGCAACGCUCCCCUCUCCCAGCCCAGUUGCCAUACCUACCCUCCUGGCUGUCCCCUCCCUCAAGGCAGGGCCCAGGCUCUCCCAGACAAAGCCAGGUCUAACUGGAGAGUGAGGGGCGAAGGCCACUCUGCCUGGCUGGCUGAGGGGCACAGGGCAAGGCAGAGCCUAGGGCAGGUUGGGUCACAGUGGUGCCCGGUGCUCCUGGGGCCUCCCUUGGACAGCUGAGAAGACCUCUUCGCCCGGCUGGGAACUGCUGAGGGCUGGCUCUGAGAUUUGAAUUAGUUGCCAAUAUUUAAACAUCAGGAACGUUUGCCUAAAAAGUCCAGAUUUCUGGCUUCUCUCGGGAACCUGGAAGGGGACCACAGGGGCUUGCCUUCCGGCAUUCCAUCAGCCUGGCCGAGGCCCCUCGGCCUCUGCUCUCCAGGAGCCAUGAGCACAGAGGGCCCCAGCCCCCUCGCCUUCCUCACAGCUCCUGUCACUCCGGGGAGGCUCUCAGUGGCAGUUGACCCCAUCCCCGUGCUCAUUGCCCUGGCCUGCAUCUUCCUCCUGCUGGCCACCUGUCUGCUGUUCAUGACCCUCUGCAAGCCCGCUGCGCUGGAUCCGAGGCGCCGCAGGGCCUGCGAGUGCAUGCCACACCACCGGGGGAGCCCCAGUGAGCCCCAGCUCCGGCUCUGGAAGCGCCUGGGCUCGCUGCGCCGCUCCCUGCACAGCUUCCGCCGUGGCUGGCCUGCCCCAAGGCGCCCCCUGCCGGGCAGAGAGGACCACGACGACUGUGACUGCAUAGAAUCUACAAAGAUGUGACAGGAGUGUCCCCCUACUCCAGGGUCCAUCUGCAGGCCCUCCUGCCUCAGACGGAAACUGGCACCACAGGCUGCAAGGGGACAGUGGCCCAAACAACAUGGGCCACGCGCUCACCCCCACUGGUUCCCUGUGUGUCCAGGCCCGUGGCCUUUCCCAGAGACGGCCCCUGCAAGAAUACCUUCCUUCCUGCAGACACUCUAGCUGCUGCCUGCUGGAAGACUCCUGGACCAAGCUGAGCACCUGCAGCCAUGUGGACCCUUGGCCCAAGGCUCUGAACGGUACAAACCUGGGCCCCUCAGGGCCCCUCUCUGACCACCAGGCACCAACCGUCUCCAGGGAGCAGCGCCCCUGCUUCCCAACAGAAGCCCUGCCCGCCCUCCAGGUGCCAAAACCCAGCUCAGAUUCCAGUGCGAGUUGCUGAAUGGCCAAAGGUUCCCUCCAGCCAAGUGAAAUACUCAGCCCCUGCUGGGGAUAAGGGAGUGUCCUGCCCUCUGUGCCAACUCAGUGCCCAAGGCAAAGGGGAACCCAGGGAGUCUUCUCCUCGGACUUCCUGGGCCUGCCAGCAUUGGCCUGUGAUACACGGGAGCAGCCAGCACCCUUGGGUGGAUCAGAUGCUGGGUCCCUGCUGGGAGGAGGGGCAAGCAGGAGGAGCUCAACACCACCCAGCCAAUCACAAUCUCGGCGGUCAUCUUGGCGUGCCCCCGCCCCCCGCCCCGGCCCCCAAGCGCCUCUGCUAAGAUGGAUGAGGAGGGCGCUGAGAAUGAGUUACGAAGCUCCUUGCACAGGCCAGGGCUGGUCCUGUGUCAGAGUGGCAGGAGGCACUGCCAGCAGCUGGAGGUGUUGCUAUCUGGGCUCUGAGGACACAACAUAGCGGCUCCAUGCGUCACCCAGGGAAGGAGGCGGCCUUCCUUCGAGUGGAAGGGUCCAGCUCUCUCCAGGACGGCUGUGGGCCCUCAGGCUCGGACCACAUAACGUGUGCUAUCUGUAUUUUUGGCAACUGCUUCACUGACUGGCUACUGUCAAAGUAAUCCCACACCAAGGUGGGCUUCUCAGAAUCCCAAACCUUCAGCCUCUCGUCACAAUGCUGGGGUUAAACACUUUGGUUGGGUCCCAAAUUUGGAGGGUGGGCAGAAGGGUCUGAACUGCCCAGCUUCUGCCCCAGAGAGUCAUCUGGCCAGGGCCACCUGGUACCCCACCACGGACUGCUCCACCGCACCCUGCUACGCCCCAUAGCACAGCCAGCCGAGUCUCCUCACAGGGUGAGCUCCGAUUUUGUCACUCCCCGGCUCCAAAACCUUCACUGGCUCCCUACUACCAGAUCAAGCCAGAGCUCCUUCAUCUGGUGUUUGGUGCCCACUGGGAGCUGGCUGUGAAUGAUCCUUCUAGCCUCUUCUUGACCCAAGACUCCAGGUAAACUGAAAUACCUGUCCUCCCCUGGCUACGGCUUACCUGGCACGCCCUCUGUGAAGCCCUCUUUGCUCUACACCUGAAACCACCUCCUACCUGAAACCAAGGGAGGGCAGGGAUACUUGCUCUUGGCAGGGUGGGUCAUCCCUGUGUCUCCGCCUUCCCACAAGCCUGGGAGCUCCCAGAGAGCGAGACCGCGUCCAACCCCUCACUCUGCCUCACCAGCUCUGGGCUCAGAAGUAUGGGGCCUCUGUUGACUGAGUGAAUGGUGGCCCCGUCUAGUCCCGGGGGGCAUCCCCUUCUUCCUUCUGAUGCCUCUACGGAGAGGCUCUCUGUCCAAGCAGGCCCUCUUCCUUUUGGGUCAGCCUGACAUCACAUCAAAGAGCGAGCCCGCCUUGGCCAGAAACUUACUUCCAGGGGGGCCUUGGAGAAAUCACCAGUGCCUGAAUUUCUCCCUGAGAAACGGGGAGAAUCAGGCCUGCCUUAUAUUACUCACAGAGCUCUAGGAUUUCAGUCUGAGUAGUUUGUAUAAAUAGAAACCAAUUCUUGGGGUUUAGAAAGUGCGCAGGCCCCCUCCUGCAGCGCUGUGUCCCCCUCCCUUCCAGAUUAGUGACGCCUCCCUGCUUUGCCUCCCGCCAGCUCUCCCUGAGGCAUCCCAGGCUGAAUUCUGCCUGCAGCCGGUCCCCGACCCCCGCUGGCCAGCGUGCUCUGCCUAGCACGUGGUGUCACCGGGGUGGGCAGUAAGGCUACCCCUGGCCUGAAGGACGAAAAGCUGGGGAGGAGGAGGGGCUCUCAAAGGUCUGCCAUACCCCCAGCUGUUUCCCCAGGUUGGUCCUGGGAGACCUGUGUGAGCUGGGGGAGGCGGGUGUUAGGUUUUAGGCUAGGGGAGAGGCGGGACCCCACAGCUUGGUGCGUGUGGGGUGUCUCUAAGCCCCUAGGAGCUGAGGCUCAGAGGGACAGACCCCUUUUCUAGAACCAGCCCCCAGAGUCCAGCAACCCCCCGUGGCUUCCUGGACUCUCUCUCAGCACCUCUGGAAGUCAGCACCCUGCCCCCGGCUCCCCUCCUGCCCCACGCCCGGCCCUGAUGCAGGGAGGGGGCACACUCCCAGCUUCCUGCUCUCCUGCCCCUCCCAAGCCCCGGAGCCUGGCCCAGUGGGCAGGCCCAGAUUCGCUCUGUUGGGCUCAGCCUCCAAGUGGGAAACCCUGCGCUCAGCUGGUGAAGAGGGUGAUUCAUGCCCGGUCUCCCUCCCCACGCAGCAACUGAGGCCUCCAGGGAGGGCUGGGGAGGGCACCCAGCCUCCUUUCCAGGUCCCCCCCUUCCUCCCUCGAGGCCCAAAGUUGUCGUUCCUGCUCCCCGGGCAAAGGAGCCCUUUCUUUUUGUGCCGGUUUAUUUCCCAAGAGGGGAGCUUCAGCCAAAAGCCCUGUGAAAGCAGCUCUGUUCUGGGCCUCACUGGGCCCUGGCUUUCUCUCCUCACUCCUUUCUGGGAAAAUGUGACAUCUCUAGCUCCCCCUGCUCUGAAAGGCCUUUCUGGGUGCAGUGGGGGAUGGGAGAGGACUGUGGGGGAGGGAGGGAGGAGAGGAGGGCCGAGGCCCUCCUUCUGUUUUGCGGGGAGCAAGGGCCCAUCUUGGGCUACAUAACCUCGGGGCCUACUCUCCCCAGGAGGGAGAAGGGAGCCUGGGCCCCCCUUUGGCCAUAGCGCCGGCUACUUUUGGAGCAGCAGCUGGACCCUCUCCUAUUUCCAUACCGCUCUGCUGCGAGGCCACUGAGCGUGUGCGCUCUGAGCUGAGCGCGGCCCUGCCUGUGCCCCGGCCGCCACCUGCCUGCACGAUGCUGUGGCCCUCAGGGAUGUCCUCAGGGACGCUGGCUUCAUAGCUGCUCUGCAGAAAGAUGGGCCGGUUGUCAUUCACAUCCAGGACAGUGACAAACACGGUAGCCGUGCCUGUGCGCCGCUUGCCCACGGGGCCAUUGUCUGUGGGAGGUGAAAAAGGAUGGGUGUUAGCAGCUGCCUGAGGGGCACGUUCCCGGGCACCAGCCACAAGUAUGCCCUGUUCCCCCACCUGCUCUGGCCUUUGCAAGGGGGGCCUCUUUUUCUCUUUAGAUUAGGAACAACACUGACUGUAUCUAAUAUGUUCCAGACACUAUUCUAACUCAUUCAAUCCUCACAGCAAGCCUGCCAAGCGGGCGCUCUUAUCAUCACCCCCAUUUUACAAAGGAGGUAACUGAGGCAUGAGGUGGGUUGAAUGGUGGCCCCCAAAAGAUACACCUAUGGCAAAUCCCUGGGAACCUGUAUGUGUAACGUUACUGGGAAGAAGGGUCUUUGAAGACGUAAUUAAGUUAAGGAUCUUGAGAUGAGGUAUCCGGUAUCCUGGAUUAUCUGGGUGGGCCAUAAACCCCAUGACAAGGGUCCUUAUGAGGGGAAGGCGGGUGGGAUUUGACACAGAGAGGAGAAGGCCAUGUGAAGUUGGAGGCAGAGACUGGAGUUCUGCAGCCACGUGCAAGGAACACUUAGAGCCACCAGAAACCGGAAGAGGCAAGGAAGGAUUCUCUCCUAGAGCCUUUGGAGGGAAUGCAACCCUGUCGACAAUUAAUUUUGAACUUCUGGCCUCCAGAGCCAUGAGGGAAUAAAUUUGUUCUUUAAGCCACCAAGGCUGUGGUAAUUUGUUACAGCAGCCCUAAGAACCAGAUACAGGUCCUGAGAUGCCAAACCCGACUGCUGUCAGGGCCAGGAAGGUAAGACCCCCACACCUGGGCAUGCCUGCCUCAAGGGGCAGCUGUCCUCUGCUCCGGUCCACACUGGACAGGCAGGAGGGGGCCCAGUGACACUAGAUCUUCUGAUUUCUCAGGAGAAAUCAAACGUCUGAGCUUUCAAAUAAAAUCUCCUGAUUUUUAAA